AACCCACGCGGCAGCCAUCUUCGAAGACAAAAAUUGCAGCAGGUGGGCAACUUCAAAAAUUCCAACGCCUGAAAGCUUCCGGUCUUCAGAAGAGCAUACAAAGCUGAUAGUUAACAACGAAUCAAUACUUUCACACCUGAACCAGGAUCCAAACAACAAAGUCCUGAUAUAAAAGUGAACCCGAGACUUACCUGUAUUUUCUACCUGCUGGGAAAUUGAUUGAUUGUAUCAAAUCUUCCUGUACUGUUAAGCACAGCUGCUAACGUGAUCAGCCACUGAAACUCAGGGGGGAAAAGCCAGAUAAAUCCUACACAGACAACAUGGAAGAUGAUGGUAACAUGAAGCGUCCCCACGAGGAUGACUACCAGGAAGACUACGACAACAAGAGAAGACGUGGGGGAGAUGGACAGAAGAUCGAACUCCGCUUCCUACUGGCCAGCAAAAAUGCUGGAGCUAUCAUUGGAAAGGGAGGAAGUAACAUCAAGCGGCUGAGACAAGAUUACAAAGCCAGUGUCACAGUUCCCGAUAGUACCUGCCCCGAACGUGUGCUGACGAUCGGGGCUGACAUCGGCACCGCCCUUGAUUGUGCCCUCGAUAUCAUCCCGAAGCUAGAAGAUGUAAGUGAUGAGUAUAAAAACUACAAGGAUGAGAACUUUGACUGCGAGAUGAGGCUGUUGGUGCAUCAAAGCCAGGCUGGCUGUAUCAUUGGACGUGCUGGAUUCAAGAUCAAGGAACUCAGAGAGAAAACUGGAGCUCAGAUCAAAGUGUACUCCCAGUGUUGCCCACAGUCAACAGAACGUGUUGUGGCCAUAGGAGGCAAACCCAAAGUAGUUAUUGAUUGUGUCGACACGAUUCAUGAGCUCCUUAAGACUGCUCCACCUAAGGGACCCAACCAGCCUUACGAUCCCAUGUACUGGGAUGAAUUCAUGGUUGCCGAGUAUGGAGGCUACACAUCUGCUGAGGGUGGUCGAGGCAAAGGAGGACCCAGAGGGGCACCACAGGCAUCCAGAGGAAUGGGAAUGGGCAUGGGCAUGAGAGGUGGCAGACCUGGUAUGGGUAUGGGAAUGGGAGAUAUGGGAAUGGGAGGCCGUGGUGGUCGUGGAGGUGGCAUGAUGAGUGGCCGCGGAGGUAGAGGAGGAAUGGGUGGCAUGCGUGGCAACAUGGGAGGAAUGAGAGGCAGCGGUAUGGGAGGACCUAACAGAGGAGGUGGCCGUGGAGGAUUUGGAGGUGGAAUGGGAAGUGGAGGUGUUGGAAUGGGAGGCGGCAACAUGGGCGGCAAUAUGGGCGGCAACCAGGGCAAUAUGGGAGGUGGCAUGGGAGGUAACAAGCAGGGAACGGACUACUCAUCCAAUCAGAGAUUUGGAGGCGACGGUGGAUACAGUGGAGACAACUAUGGAGGUGAUAACAGUUACGAUGAAGGUUACGACAACUCAGGUGGUGGCUACGGAGGUGGCAACUCCAGCAGUGGCCAGGGAGGUGGUAACAUGGGACAGAACUUCACUCAGGAUAACACUGGAGGUAUGGGCCAGAUGUUUGGUGAUAACAACUGCCAGUCAUCCACACAAGUUACCAUCCCAAAAGAUUUGGCAGGAGCCAUCAUUGGGAAGGGAGGAUCACGUAUCCAAGAGAUUCGACGACAGUCUAACGCUCAGGUGGUGAUCGACGAGGCACUGCCGGGCUCCAGCGACCGUAUUAUUACCAUCACAGGCAGCGACGAUCAGAUACAGAAUGCACAGUACCUCUUACAGAUGAGAGUGAAGGGCUUGGAGUCAUCAUUUCAUUGAGAGUUUAAGACAUGUAAAACGGUACUCGGGAGGACAGUUCUAGAGGGCCGAGCAUGAAGAGGAGGAACAAAGUUUUUCAUUGUGGAAUCAUCAUAAACAUUGUUGUGUGGUUACUGUAGACUCAUUUUAUCUUCAUCUUGUCGACUUUUCACGUACAAAUAUAUUUUCUUUUAAACUGGUUACAUUAUUAUGACUACGCCUUGUUUUAACAUUAGACUUGAAUGGGAAAGAGUUUGCGUGUAUAGUCAUUUUUUCAGUUGAAAAAUCGUAUUAAUAUCUUUUAUAUUCUGACGAACAAAACAUGUUCAUUUGUUUAAAGAAAAACAAUUAAAUCCUUAAAAAGGCAUGUUUUGUUUGUGAGUGAAUUAUGUUGACAUUGAUCAAGUUAAUAUUUUACUAAGGUAAUAGAAUCAAGUUUCAUAAUUCAUAAAACAAAAAAGAGAAAAGUGAGUGAUAACUUUUGUUAUGUUAGGGUUAAUUAUGAUGUUGUUAGGUCUCAAUCAAAAGAAACUCCAAUUUUGUGUCCAUUUCUUUGGUUGAACAUUUUCAUCGAGUCAGUUUAUCAUGUUCAUGUGUAAUCAGAUAUGAUAGGGUGGGGUAAUGACGGAAUUCAGAUGUAUAGCAAAUCAAAUUCAUUAUUGUUAUGCAGGAUAUCAUAACUUUUAUGAUGUUAAUGUACUUUUAUUUUCACUUUGUUCAUCAAUGCAUCUAGAUUGAGUUCUCUUCUCACAUACAUGUGUAUGUAUCUAUAAUGUAAUUUAAUUUGAUUAAGUUGUCUCAUUACAUAUAGCAAGGUUUAAUACCUUACUUCAAAAGAAGUCAUUUUCUCUCAGAAUCUUUCCUCAAGGACAACAAGUAUAAAAUGAUAACUAGUCCUACCACUAACUUGUAUUAAUCUCCACUUCAUCUGUUUAGUGAAUUUACAUUUAACAGUUGAUAAAGGUGUUAUUCAAUGAUUAUUUAAAGUCAACACACCAUGAUUACCUGAUUUCUGAUUCUGUCAAAGUGUUGGGAAGACUGUGAUUUUUGUAGUGAACUUAAACAUUGCUAUUUGAGAUUAGAUGGAGUUGAGAUAUAUAAAUAAAAUAUUGGUAUCUAAAA